AUGGCCCGGAGCUGCCGGGGGCAGGCGCAGCUGGGGGGCCUGGCGCUCACGCUGCUGGGCUGGGGCUGCUCCUGUGCCACCCUGCUCCUGCCGCAGUGGAAGACGCUCAACCUGGACCUCAACGAGAUGGAGACGUGGAGCCUGGGGCUGUGGGAGGCCUGCGUGGAGCAGGAGGAGGUCGGCAGCGUGUGCAAAGCCUUUGAGUCCUUCUUGGCCAUGCCCGCCGAGCUGCAGGUAGCGCGCAUCCUCAUGGUGGCCUCGCAGGGGCUGGGCCUCCUGGGCCUUCUACUGGCAAGCCUGGGGUUCGAGUGCUCCCAGUUCCACCGGAUCCGCUGGGGAGAGAAGAGGCGACUCUGCCUGCUGGGGGGCACCCUGGAGCUCUCAGCUUCCGUCACCACCCUUGUGCCAGUCUCCUGGGUGGCCCAUGCCACCAUCCAGGACUUCUGGGAUGACCGCGUCCCGGAGAUCGUGCCUCGGUGGGAAUUCGGAGACGCUCUCUUCCUGGGCUGGGCGGCCGGGUUCUUCCUGGCCUGUGGGGGGUCACUGCUCAUCUUCUCCACUUGCCUGGGGAGAGAAGAUGCAUCCUCGGCGCCCCCCUCCUGCGCCCCCGUGGACGAGUUUCUGCUUCCUUCUAUGCACACGGUGACCUAG